AUAGUCCCAUCAACACGCGAUUUGGUUGGAAAUUGUGGAAAUUCGAGUGAAAAUUAAAAUGAAUGUCGAGGAUUACGAUGCCCGUUUCAACUUGGUGGAUGCAAAGACACCCGUUAAUGAGUACCUGACAGCGCAUUACAAGCAGUCAUUAGCAUUUUUUACGCUGCACGAUCGAUUACCCCGAAUUAUCACAGAAGUCAUCGAUAAUUUGUCCCGAUGCAAGGACCAAAUUGUCGAACAACUGGGCGAAGCAUCUCGCGAAGAGGUCAAAACGGUCAUCGGACAAAUUUCAGAGCUAAAAUACGAAUUACAAACAGACAAAGAGCUAAAAGCCCUUCCCGAGUACACGGAAGAAUUGAAAAAAUGGAACGAGUUCCUGCUGACAUUGGACAAUAAAAAAUCCUACUUUAGCGCCGUUUGGCUCUAUGCGGAAUGUUACUUGUAUCGACGACUAAAAUUGAUUUUUGAAGAGACGGAGACCUUGAAAAACUACGAUUACUUUAAAAAUCAAAAAGAUCAGACACUGGAGCAUUGUUUGCAGUCGAUCAAGGCUAUCGGAGCCACUUUGGAAGAGAAAAAAAUCGAUACUGAAGACGAAAUUCGAGAUUAUUUGUUCAAAGUUAUCAAAUUAAAUUUAUGGGGAAAUCGAUGCGACUUGAGUGUUACGGCAGGCAAAGAAGUCAAAGUCACCCUAGAUCCCUUUGCCGGGCUCGAAGGUCUCGACAAAUUCGUUCUCAUAAAUCAAUCUUCCGAGAUCUGGGACACCCUAAAAGCAGCAAACGGGGCAGCUGAUGUCCAAUUCAUCAACGACAACGCUGGUUACGAGUUAUUUACGGAUGUUGUGCUGGCCGACUACCUAAUCGAACAUAAAUUAGCGAAAAAAAUCACUUUUAAUCUCAAAGCGAUUCCCUGGUUCAUCUCGGAUGCCUUGGAACACGAUGUCGAAUAUUUAUUUGAAUUCCUGAAAAAGACAGAAGAUCCAGCGUUGAUGAGAUUAAGCGAAAAAUGGAAAGCUCGUUUCGCAGCGGGAGAAUUUACGAUUCACAAACCUGUCGAUCACUUUUGGACAUCCGCAUAUGAGUUUUGUAAAAUGGAAAAAGCCGAUCCGGAGUUGUAUGCGAGACUUGCAAAAUCGGAUUUACUGAUUUUCAAGGGAGAUUUGAACUACAGAAAGCUUCUUGCGGAUUUCUAUUGGGAUCCAACGACGUCCUUCAAAGAUUCGCUCAACGGAUUCCUUCCCACAACUUUGUGUUCAUUGCGUACCGUUAAGGCUGACGUCAUUAGUGGGCUGGAAAAAGGCAAAUCCGAAGCAUUAACGGCAUUGGAUGCAAAUUGGAUGAAAACAGGAGAUUAUGGUGUCAUACAAUUCGCUAAAAAAUAAAUCAUUAAAAACUUAAUUGAGCAAAAAUGUGAGAUUAAAACCAAAAAAAGUAGAGAUUACUUCACAAAAACUACAAAAAUUAAAAAUUUUAGAUUAUUUUUUAAAUUUGCUUGAAAAAAAGCGCAUUUCACUGUUUUUUGUUAUUCUAAUAAUAUUUUGCGUGUGUGAUUUUUUAAUGAAUUUGCUAGUCGUAGUUAAAUAAAAAAAGGAAAUUUAUUUAAAAAAAUUGUAAUUUAUUCAUUAGCUUCGUAAAGUACGAAUUUUUAUUAAAUUAUGGGAAAUAAAAGGCAUCAAAGUAGCAAAAAGGCUUAAA